AUGAGCUCGAUCCCACCAAAGUCAGGCCUUCAACCUCAAGGACAGAGCACCUCUAACCAGGCCGCCUCUCAAUCUACCGCUCCUGCAACCUCUGGGAAUCCCUCUUCUCAGCCGGCUGCGACCAAGUCCUACGCCAGCGCCACCAAAAAGUCCGCGACGGACUCGACCGCCGCUCCCGUCACCGUGGGCGGCUCAUCGCAACAUGGGAAGUCGACCUCAGUAUCUCCUGUGAGCGGCAAACCCAUGCAGCAACCUCAGACCCCCGGCGUCACCAUCGUCAAUGGCGCCCCGGCUCCUACCUCCGCACAAGGCGACCACUCUCGCAAGCCCUCCGUGACCAUCACCUCCGCCGGCACCUCAGGCUACAUCCCCAACGGGGGCCCCAGCAGUCGUCCCAAUAGCUUGCAGUUUGGCUUUGCGGCCAACCAGCCAGCCUCACCCAAUAUGGGUAACCCAGCCGUGCUGGCCAACCAGCCUCAGUCCGGUUUGGGUGUCAACCCAAGUGCGAACCCCCGUGUUACCUCGCCUCAGACUUCGCCGUCGCCUAUUCCUCAGCCCGCCUCGAGCGGUGGCCGGCCACCGCCGUCGUCAUACCAGGCUCAAGGUAAUGUUCCCAACUUUGGCAGCUUCGGUGAUGCAGGUGAUAACCAGGCUCGUCCGUCACAAGCCCCCCUUGGUCCCGGUCCUCAGUCGACACAUCUGCGUCGCGAAUCGUCUCAGUCGACACACAGCGACAUGAGUAACCACAUGGGCAGUGGCCCCGGUCGUGGUGGUCAUUACCAUCAGGGUGGCCGUGGCCGCGGAUACUCGCAGUCGAAUUAUCAGGGCCAGAUGGCCUACUCGCCUGGUCCCAGCUUCCGCACUCCCAACCAGCCCCGGGGUGGUAUGAACCCCCAGUACCAUCCACCCAACCAAGCACGCCCGAUGCCGCCGUUCCCUAACUCGCCUCAAGCCAACCGCAGCCCAGCGUUGGCCACUGCACACCCCGCGACGCCGCAAAUGAGCACCGUCCCGAUGGGACCGCCCCAGCCCUACGGCGCUUAUCCCCCACACAUGGCACACCAAUCUGUGAGGACCCAUUGUUAUAACAGACCCCCUCGUCGUGGCGGCCCCCUCCCCAAGAGGAAGCCUGGUCCCCGAGUCUUAUCUUCCCCCAAUGCCCCCCCUCCCCAUCCCUCUAUCUCACUUCCACCGCCCAAUCUGGCGCCAGAGAGCGGACAGUUUGAACACUAUCUAACGUUGAUGAAAUCGAACCAGGGCCCUUACUUUGACCCCAACUAUGGCUACUACCAACAAUACCCCAUGCAGCAGUUCAUGGGUCCCCCCUCGUCCCCUCAACCGCGUCCCGGAAUGCCCUACAGCCCGCAAGCCCCCUACAUGCAAGGCCAGUACCCCCCUCAGCAGCCGCCUCAGGCCAUGUCUCGCUCGCCCUCGCAGGUGUCCAAUGACCGGCCCGGCUCCAGCUUAGGACAUGGUCAGCCCCCAGCUGGUCCUCCCGCCUCCGGCCAUGCGCAUACCGCCAGCCGUCCCUCAAACAGCCCCGCUCCGGGCGUGCAGAACUUCGUCAUCCCGUCGAGCAAGAAGAGUGCCAUUGUCAUCAAGGACCCUGGUAGUGGUGCGGUGAAGACAUUCGAGAAGGCCCCGGCGUCUCCCGCUCAUGCGACCCCGUCUCCCGUGAAGUUGGCGACUCCGACCGCCACGCCUCCUCCUCGCAGCAGCAGCGGUGCGGACCACACCCGGACCGACUCCAAGGCCGCCAAAACCGAUGAGGAAAAGAAGCAGGAGCUGAAGGAUGCUGUGCGCCAGAAGAUCGAGCAGGAUGAGGCCGAGGCCCGCCGCAAGAAGGAGGCCGCAGAGACCGAGGUAACUCGCCAAAAGGAAGAAGAAGAAGAAGCUGCUCGCAAGAAGCAGGAAGAAGAGACGGCCCGCAAGCAGAAGGAAGAAGAGGAGGCUGCACAGAAGAAGGCUGCCGAUGAGGAAGCCGCGCGCAAGGCCCUUGAGGAACUCAGCCUGAAGGACAAGGCCGAGGAUGCUAAGCCCGCUGCGGAAGAGUCUUCCAAGGUCGCCGACCCCACUCCUGCUCCUGCUGACGAUGAUGAAAUUGAUUACGAUGCUAUCGAGCGGGAAAUGGCCGAACUCGAGGCCAAGGAAGCUGCCGCCGAAGCCGCCUACUAUGCCAAGAAGCAAGCUGAGAAGGAGGAGAAGGAGCGUAAGGAGAAAGAGGAGCGGGAAGCCUACGAGGCCAACAUGAAGAAGGCCGAGGCCGAGGCCGAGGCUCUCGAAGAAGCUCGGAUGAAGAAGCGCGAAGCGGGUGAGCAAGAGACUUCGAGCAAGGAUCUGUUCGCCUCGCUCAAGAAGGGAGGAUGGGCUGCGACGGAAUCUGGCGAGCCCGCUGAGAGCGGAACCGCCACUCCGACUUCUGAUGCUUCAAUGGGUCCUCCCGCCAAGCCCGCCAGUGCUGGCAAGCGUGAGAAGCCUGCUGCGCUCAAGUUGGAGACCAACAAGGCCGUUGAGCCUCCUCAGCCUAGCGCCGCAAUGAAGUCUCUUCACUCCGCUCGUCUGAUCGAGGACCUGAGCCAGGUUUCUUACCCUGCCUCCAUUGUGUCUCCCAACCCGGCUUUGAAUGCCAGCGCACCCGCGGAUCGCAAGUUCCAUUACAACAAGGAAUUCUUGCUUCAGUUCCAGAGUGUGUUCAAGGAGAAGCCAUCCGUCGACUGGGAUGCCCGCGUGCGUGAGACCGUGGGUGAUAGCGACUCCUCUCGCCCACAGUCGGCUCGCACCCCGAUGAUGGGUGGUCGCAACACUUCCCGCUCCGGCAUUUCCCAGGGAUUCCAGAUGGGCAGCUUCGGCCAAGCUGCGUCCCGGCAGAGUCUGCCUCCGGGCUCAACCUCCGAGCAGCGCUUUGCUCUUGCGAAUGCCGCUCGUACCGCUUCUAUGAACAACCCAUUCGGCUCUUUCGGACGCGGACCCAUGCCGAUGGGCUCGCCUGCGCUCAGUCGCACCAACUCUGCGAACCCCAUGAUGCCAGGAUCUCCUCGCCCGGGCUCCAACCGUUCGGGCACCCGCACCGGCAGCAAGCGCGAGAAGCAUCAGGCCAAGAAGGAAGAGGAGAUGGCCAAGUCCAUGCCUCUUACUGCCGGAAAGGAGGUCGCGGCGCUCCAGGUUUCAACCACCGGUUGGAAGCCCCGCAGUGUGGGCCAGACUACUCAGCCGGCUGCUGCUGCCCCUGGUGCUGCUUAUCUGGCUCCCGACGUGGUCCAGCGCAAGGUCAAGGCUGCUUUGAACAAGAUGACUCCCGAGAACUUCGACCGUAUUUCUGGCCAGAUCUUGGAAAUUGUCUCUCAAUCCAAGGACGAGUCUGACGGACGUACUUUGCGCCAAGUGAUCCAGUUGACCUUCGAGAAGGCCACCGACGAGGCUCACUGGGCCUCGAUCUAUGCCAAGUUCUGCAAGAGCAUGCUUGAAAGCAUGAGCCCAGAGAUCAAGGACGAGAACAUCCGCGACAAGAACGGUAAUGUCGUUGUUGGCGGUAGUCUGUUCCGCAAGUACCUGCUCAACCGUUGUCAAGAAGAGUUCGAACGUGGCUGGAAGGUUAAUCUGCCUCCUAAACCUGAAGGCCAGACUGAGGAGGCUGCCAUGAUGUCGGAUGAGUACUACAAGGCUGCCGCUGCCAAACGUCGUGGUCUGGGUCUCGUCAAGUUCAUUGGUGAACUGUACAAGCUUGGCAUGUUGACAGAGCGUAUCAUGCAUGAGUGUUUGAAGAAGCUGGUUGACUACGAAGGUGUUCCUGACGAAGCCGAGGUGGAGAGCUUGACCAGUCUGCUGCGUACCAUUGGUGCCAGCCUUGACGCCUCUGAGAAGGGUCACACGUUCAUGGAUGUCUACUUCCAGCGCAUUAACAACAUGGUGCAGAUCCAAGGUCUGCCCAGCCGACUGAAGUUCAUGCUCAUGGACAUCAUCGAUUUGCGUAAUGCCAAGUGGAAGUCCAAGGACGCCGACAAGGGCCCCAAGACUAUCCAACAGAUCAGAGAAGAGGCUGCUCGCGCGCAACAAGAGGCCGAGAUGGAGCGUCUCCGCCAGCAGGCUAACCGGGGUGGCCGUCCCAAUAUGGGCCGUGGCGAUGCUCGCAGCUACUCUGGCUAUGGCAACCAGGCACCUCCUCCGGAUUACGCCUCCAGCAAGGUCGGCAGUGACGACCUCCGUCGCCUGCGUACGACUCGCAACACCAGCCAGCCCAUGUCUUUUGGUCCCUCUAGCAUGCUGGGCUCUCGCAGCAGCAGCGGCCGGAAGAACCUUGGCCCUGGCGGCAACUUGGUUCGUGGCAGCGAUGAUAGCGCUGCUAGCAGCCGGACUGGAACCCCCCCUGCUGGCAAGAAGGAAGACAAGGAAGCUGCGUCGUCGAUCAACGCAUUCAGUGCUCUUGCUAGCUUGGAAGACCGCGACAACAUGGCUACUUCCCCUCCUUCCAACCCUACCUCCCCUUUGCUAGCCAAGUCACAACCCGCCGUUGAGCGCCGGCCAUCCAAGACCCCUUCCAAGGACGGCGAGGAAGCAUCAUAG